AAAAAAUGGAAAACCGAGAAUAAGAUGUUCCAGCAACAGAAAACCCAGUCGCAGAAGUAAGAUUGGAAGACAAAUUAAACGAAAUAUAAGAAGUGGGAGAGAAGGGAAUAAAUGAAAUCGAGAAAUACUACAAAAUCACUGGUUCUCCAAUCAACAAUGCAAUUAUUGUUUAGGUCUUGAUUUGUGCUCUUGCUUCAGGGAGCACAGCUCUUGUGAAUUCAUUGGGUCCAGUUCGAUGGUUGAUCAGUCUAAUACCUGUGUUUAACCUAUUAAACUUCAUAAUAUAUGCUGUAUUCUUGGCAUUUUUAUAGUUCGGCAGUCCAUUUUUCAAAAAGGUACAUACAAAUCAUUAACAAUGAAUAGAAACCUUGGAACUUCUUAUUUUUUGGUAUUCACUUCAUUGGAAAGUUUUCAUUCAUGGUAUUUUAUGGAGUAAAUUACCCAUUAAGUAAGUUUGAAGUGUUUUAUUUCCUUUGCGUGUUUGGUUAUUUAUAUGUGUUAGCAUUGGUGAGAAAUAGAGAUGCAGGUUUGAAUGGAGUCGAUUUUACAAUCAAAGGAAACUUUUUCUAAUUAGCCGGUCUAGGAAUAUUUUUGGGUUUCUUCUUGGUAUUCUUUCGUUUAUGAUCAUUAGGCAUUGCUUACAUAAGCAGGUUUUUGGCCAAUGAUUUGGUAACCAAUAGUAGGAGUAUUGUACUUCCUAUAUCUCUUGCUUGAAGUUUAGAGAUUUGAUGGAAGUCUUGAUUAUUUGAGAGAAGGGAAGAAUGCAUUAUUUUUGGGAGCUGCUCAAAUUGAUGCAGAUUUGUUGUGGUUCUGUCCUUUGGCUGUAUUUCACAUAAAGUCAAAAGGUGAGGUUGUUGCAAAGAAACCUGAAGAAUUCGCUUAGGAAGCUAAAGAGGAGACUAAGCAAUUAAUAAAUCCUGAAUAGAAUGCAUGAUUUUAUUAAGAGAAUAAUAC